GCGUUUUUUCGGCUCAAGGAACACACUGGCCCAGCGCAGGGUACGAACUUUGCGCUCCUUCGCUUUGAGUGGCCAGGCGUGCGGCCUCAGCAUGAGUGCUCCGAAGCCACGGGGUGGCUCGCAGGGUGUGCCCGCUGCCUCGAUGGGUCCACUCGUUGCGGGCUGCGCAGUGGUGACAACGGCGGCCGUCGCACUGCGUCAAGCGCCGGCCUCCGCCUUCGCUGUGCUGGGCGAGCAGGCGAUGGCGCAGCCGACGCCGCGCGCGCCCGCGCAGCAGGGCCGUUUGCAGGCCGAGGCGGUGCUUCAGCUUCCGCAGUCGCCUGCACUGGCAUCGCCCCCAGCGCACGACCCGGGAAUGCCCUCGCUGAGGCCCCUCGGCAUGCUGGCGUGUGGCGCCGCCGCGGCGGCCGGCGCAAAGGGCGUGCUGCGCCGCCGGGCCCGCGCAGCUCGCGCUCCGCCGCGGCGCCACGGUGCCCGCAUCAUCGCCGGCGGCACCAGUGCAGUCUCGGCGUUCACCGUCCCUCUCCGGGGCUCCGCGCCAGCGACGCUCGCCGGUCGCGAGAGGCCCAGGGCACCCAUGCCGCGGAGCCGCGCGGCCCUUCGCGCCGCAGAGGAUCCACAGCUGCUGGAGGCCGUGGCGCAGCUGCGCCUCGUCGCGGACGCGCUGGGGCCACAAGCGGCAGAGGCCAUGGCUCGGGUGCCCCACGAGCUCCUGGCGCUCUUGGGCCCGCCGCAAGCGGCCAAUGCCUUUGAGCUGGACGGCAAUUCGGCCCUGAAGUCGGUCUCCGAAUUCUUCUUCGACCCACGGCUCCAGUGGGACGAAAACGGGAACAUCCUGAAGGAUCCUCAGGGGAACGACUUGCCUGACAACUUGUGGACUCAGUUCGUGGCGGUGCAGGCAACCCUCAUCAAGAGGCUCGACCAGGCAAUCCCAGACUUCAUCCCGGGCUCUUUCGGUAUUGCCGUGGCGCUGUACACACUGCUGGUGCGCGUGGCCCUGUACCCUUUCAUCAAAGGCCAGCUGGAGACUACCGCCAAAAUCCAGGUGCUGGCGCCGCGCGUCAACGAGCUCAAGGAGAAGUAUAAGGAUAACGAGGAGAGGAUGCAGCAGGAGGUGGGCAUGCUCUACAUGGACCUGCAGAUCGACCCUCUUGCCGCUAUCCUCCCACUGCUUCUGCAGCUGCCUAUUUUCUGGGGCCUGUACCGUGGUGUGCGCCGUCUGGCGAUCGUCGAGUACGAGCCACUGAAGGAGAGCUUCCUGUGGAUCCCCUCGCUCUACGGCCCCAACUUCAAGCCCGACCCGAGCUUCGACUGGAUUAUGAAUUGGAAGGGUCCGCUGAUCGAGCUCGCGCCCAAGAUCGGUUGGGAGAACUUCCUCCUAUAUGCCAUCCUGCCGGUCGGAGUCGUCCUCGGCUACAGGGAGGUGCUGAAGGACAGCUUGAACGACGAGAAGAGCCCCAAGAUCCUGCAAAUAUUCCCUUUCUUUCUGGGUUUUAUCUGCGUGGAGCUACCGCAGGCCAUGGGCAUCUACAUCGCCAUGAACAUGGCCUCCUCCGUGGCGCUCACGAACUACACGAAGAACAGCAUCGCCGCGAGGAUACCUGGCUACCAGGAGUUUGUGGACACGGGCAAGUGGCCGCCUGGAGUUGACCCCGAGAAGGUCCUGGCGAAGGCCUUCGGCGUGCAGCGCCUCACCACGGACGGCGACUUCGAGGACCCUGCCACCGUACCAGAGGCGGUGUUCGCGGGGCGCGCUGAUUAUAUCCCAACGCUGCUGGAGCAGGGGCGCAAGAUCGACGAGUACGACAACAGGGGUAUCCCAGCGAGUGCCUACACGCUGGCGCUCGACAACGAGGACCUCUUGAUCCGUCUCUUCGAGUUGGGUGCGGACCCGUUGGUUCUCGACCAGAAGAAAAACUCGCUGCUGCACUACUGCUGCGGCUACGGCCGGUCGCAGUUCCUGCCAACUCUUCUGAAGUGGGGUGCCGAGCCGCUUCUGAAUCAGCCCAACGACGAAGGCCAGACGCCGCUGGACGUUGCACGCAUGAACCUGUCCCAGUCCAAGGUAGCAGACGAUUGCCGCAGAGCGAUCAAGCUGCUGCAGGAGAGGGGCGCCGAGGGCAAGACGACUACGCAGGCGGACGAGGAGAAGUUUGAGAAGGCGCGGGAGCAGAAGGAGCGCGAGGCGCAGGUCAAGAAGGCGAAGGCCGCGCUGAUGGCUCUUGCGAAGAACGCCGGCCCAGCCCCGGAGGCUGGCGUGCCCGUCGCGCAAGCAGAGGCGGCCGGGGAGACAGAUGCGCCCGCGACGGAGCACAGCGGCAAAUCUGCCAUCCAGGCGUCCCUGCAGCGCGUGAAGAGCCUGGACGUCGAGGCCAUCAGGGAGAGAUUGGGCGGAAAGAUGACCGAGGAGCAGCUCGAGAAGCUGACGGUGCGGCUCCGCACGAUGAGCCCCGAGGAUCUGGCAGAGUUCGCCUCUGGCAUGAAGGUCGUGAGGGAGACGGAGUCGCAGACGGACGGGGAGGCUGCGGCAGCGCCGGCGCACGCCCAGCCUGCGACGGGUGCGGAGGCGCCCAAGAAAGUGAGCGCACUCGUCGACUGAGAGCAGGUUUUUCGAGCUGGCAGAGUUGCUGGCGCUGCUCGAACCACGUCUCACCACUGCCAGGGGCAUGCGCUCCAAGACGGGAGCGUCAGUGUGAGCCGCAGCCUGGCGGGCGUCGCGACAGUGUCGCGGAGCCGUGCCAGGUGGCGCUGCUUAUCUCCUAGGUUCCAUCAUGUUCCGUUGGAUUUUUUCAAAACCAGGGGGUGGUGUGGCGAGCUGGUCCUCGCUCGCGCCCCCGACAGGCGCGCUCGCGCGCCGCGGCUGCGCCGCCCGUCGCGGCGACGGCUCCCGCCCGAGUGCUCUGCGCGCGGAUGCGAUCGGCGGGCUCUGUGAAGUUCCAAAACAGAUUCUGGUCUCCAUGGUGUCGACUGCGCCGUUGACCUGCCAGCACCGCUGUAGCGCACGUUCUCUCCGUGCUGCUGCUGCUUCUCGGCCCACCGAACGCAUUGCUCUCUCAGGGAUUCACCUCGCCCUUCAGCAGCGGGAC